AUGGAUGAGUCAAUCUUUCCUAAGGUUUUGGCAGCAACAAGAUCCAAGAAAGCAUGGGAGACUCUAGAAACAACCUAUCAAGGUAAUACAAAGGUGAAAGUGGCUAAAUUACAAUCUCUUAGGAGAAAUUUUGAAAAUUUACAAAUGAAAGAAUCUGAGUCUGUAAACCAAUUUAUGAAUCAAGUGUUGAAUGUUGUGAAUCAAAUUAGAUCUAAUGGAGAAGAAUUAAGAGAUCAAAAGGUUAUUGAAAAAAUUCUCAGGAGCUUGCCUAGUAAAUUUGACUCUAUAGUUGUAGCAAUUGAAGAAUCAAAAGAUUUGUCACAGUUAUCAGUAGAUGAGUUAAUGGGUUCUUUAUUAACACACGAAUCAAGAUUGAAUAGAAACAAUAAUGCCUCUUUUGAGAAUGCUUUCAGAGAACAAGGUUCAUCAGGAAGAGGAAGAUCAAAUUCCAGAGGAAGAGGAAGAGGCAGAGGUGGACAGAUGAAUACAGAUCAAGGAGAAAGGACCGAUUAG